ACCCUCACCUGCCGCAGAUAUAAAGGAGGCCGGUACAAUGACACGUCUGUAUAGUGCACAGUGUCGAUGCAUGGAGGUGAGCUCACAAAACAACUCAACUCACUAGGAGCGAAAUCACCAUCUGGCGAGUCUAAACACUCUUGAGAGGUGAAGAUGACGUCCACUGCAGAGCGACUGGCCCGUCAGAAGGAGAGGGCAGAAGGCAUCGGCACCAACCAGCAAGCGGUGAAGUUCUCCCAACAGGAUUAUGAGACGCUGCGCCAGGAGUGCCUGAAGCGCGGACGUCUAUUUGAGGAUGACUGCUUUCCAGCUGAGCCUAAAUCCCUGGGCUUCAACGAGCUGGGACCGUACUCAUCCAAAACCAGGGGCGUUGUUUGGAAAAGGCCAACGGACCUGUGCUCUGAGCCACAGUUCAUUAAGGACGGGGCGACGACCACAGACAUUUGCCAAGGAGCUCUGGGUGACUGCUGGCUACUGGCUGCAAUAGCCUCUCUGACUCUUGACCAGCGGAUCCUGGCUCGCGUGGUGCCCCCCGGACAGAGCUUUUCCGAUGAUUAUGCCGGGAUAUUUCACUUCCAGUUUUGGCAGUUUGGCGAGUGGGUGGACGUGGUGAUUGAUGACCGCGUACCCACCAAAGAUGGAAAGCUUCUGUUUGUCCAUUCAACGGAGGGCUCAGAGUUUUGGAGCAGCCUGCUGGAAAAGGCCUACGCCAAAGUGCAAGGCAGCUACGAGGCCCUUUCUGGAGGAAACACCAUCGAGGGUUUUGAGGACUUCACAGGAGGGAUUGCAGAAGUCUACACUUUAGACAAAGCUUCAGCGAAGCUCUUCCACAUCAUGCAAAGGGCCCUGAGCCUGGGUUCGCUGCUGGGUUGCUCUAUAGACGUAAUACCUAUUUGCAUACUGAUUUGCGUGCUCACAUGCAAGAAAAAACAAACCCACAGCCGACUGAUACGAUCUAAACGUUUGUUCUUGUUUUUUUUGCAGAUCACCAGUGCCUACGAGACAGAGGCAAUUACAGCGCUGAAACUUGUCAAGGGGCAUGCUUACUCAGUCACUGAUGCAAAGGAGGUUCAGUUUCGAGGCAGGCCAGUUCAGCUGGUCCGCAUCAGGAACCCCUGGGGUCAGGUGGAAUGGACUGGGCCAUGGAGUGAUGAAUCCAGUGAAUGGGACCACGUCAGUGAAGAUGAGAAAUCGAAGUUGAACCAUGUGGCUGACAAUGGAGAGUUCUGGAUGUCCUAUUCAGACUUCAUCAAGCAGUUCACAAAGCUGGAGCUCUGUAACCUGACCCCGGACACGCUCAUGAGUGACGAUGUGGGCCACUGGAACAACUACCAAUUUGAAGGGGUUUGGAGGGUGGGAUCCACCGCUGGUGGCUGCCGCAACAACCCAGCCACAUUCACGUCCAACCCUCAGUUUGUGGUGCGCCUGGAGGAUGUGGAUGAUGACCCUCUGGAUGAGGAGGAUGGGUGUACCUUGCUGGUGGGGCUGAUGCAAAAGGAUGGAAGACGGCUGAAGAGGCUUGACCGCAACCUAGAAACCAUUGGCUUUGCCAUUUAUAAGGUCCCGGACGAGUACAAAGGCUGCAGCAAUGUUCACCUAGGUCCGGACGUCCUGCUGAGACAGAAGGCCGUGGCCAUGAGCAGCAACUUCAUCAACACGCGGGAAGUGUGCGACCGCUUCAAACUUCCUCCGGGAGAAUAUGCAAUAGUUCCUUCGACCUUCAAGCCUCACAAGCCGGGCAGCUUUGUCCUGCGGGUGUUCUCAGAGAAGAAGGCUGCAGCCAGUCGACUGCAGGUGGAUAUCAAGGCUGAAAUAGAGGAGGAAGAAGUAUCUGAGAGCGAUGUGGAUCCUCGUUUCAAACAUCUCUUCAAGCAGAUUGCUGGAAAUGACAUGGAGGUAUCAGUCUUCGAACUGAUUACAAUUUUGAACAACGUCGUCUCUCACCACUCUGACAUCAAAACAGAUGGCUUCAGCCUCGAGACAGGUCGCCUCAUUGUCAGCCUGCUGGAUAAAGAUGGGAGUGGCAUGUUGGGAUUAAUGGAGUUCCACUUGCUGUGGAACAAAAUCCAGAAAUACCUGGAGAUCUUUCAAAAUUUCGACACAGACAACUCUGGCACAAUGAGCUCCCACGAGAUGAGAGGCGCUACCGCUAAAGCAGGUUUCCAAGUGAACAGUAAUGUGUUGCAGUCCAUUGUCAAUCGCUAUGCGGAUGCUGAGUACGCCAUAGACUUUGACUGUUUUGUGGGGUGCCUCAUAAAACUAGAAAUGCUCUUCAAAAUGUUUAGGGCUCUGGAGAGAGCUGACACGGGGAAGAUGGAGCUGGAUAUACAGCAGUGGCUGUGCCUUUAUAUUCAACUGAACAAAGCUUUUAUGGGGAGCAGCAUUAGCUUCACUCAUCCACCCAUACGGUUCAAAAAUCUUUCAAAAAUGUCCGGGAUUGCGUCAAAACUUCAGCACGACCGAGAAAAAUCGCACGGGAUAGGAUCCAACUCUCAUGCGGUGAAAUACCUCAACCAGGACUUUGAAUCGCUGCGGAGAAGCUGCCUGGAGAGAGGACAGCUAUUUCAGGAUGACAGCUUUGAGGCUCUGCCCUCGUCCUUAGGAUAUAAAGAUCUCGGACCCAAUUCCUCCAAAGUGCGAGGCAUCACCUGGAAAAGACCCAAGGAAUUGUGUUCCAAUCCACAAUUUAUAGUUGAAAAUGCAACCAGGACUGAUAUUUGCCAAGGAGCCCUCGGUGACUGCUGGCUCCUGGCGGCCAUCGCCUCCUUGACUCUCAACAAAGAGGUUUUGUCUCGCGUUGUCCCUCACGACCAAAGCUUUGAGGAGAAAUACGCCGGCAUCUUCCACUUUGAGUUCUGGCAGUUUGGCGAGUGGGUGGAUGUGGUGGUUGACGACCGCUUGCCCACCAAAGAUGGAGAGCUGCUGUUUGUUCACUCAGCGGAGGGCUCGGAGUUUUGGAGCGCGCUGUUGGAGAAGGCCUAUGCCAAAAUAAAUGGAUGCUAUGAGGCUCUUUCCGGAGGCAGCACCACUGAGGGAUUUGAGGACUUCACGGGAGGCAUUGCCGAGAGACAUGAGCUGAAGAACGCAGAUCCUCGCCUCUUCAAAAUCAUUAAGAAGGCCUUGGAGAGAGGCUCCCUUCUGGGAUGCUCCAUUGAUAUCACCAGCGCAUCUGACUCAGAAGCUGUCACAUAUCGCAAGUUGGUGAAAGGCCACGCCUACUCGGUGACGGGAGCGGAGCAGGUGGAUUACAGAGGAGACCAGGUGCAGCUGAUCAGGAUUAGGAACCCGUGGGGUCAGGUGGAGUGGAAUGGAGCUUGGAGUGACCGGUCGUCCGAGUGGAGAUACGUGAGCGACGGGGACCGAAAGAGGCUGACCAACCGCUGUGAGGAUGGGGAGUUCUGGAUGUCGUUUUCCGACUUCCUGCGGCAAUAUUCUCGCCUUGAGAUCUGCAACCUCACCCCUGAUGCGCUCACGGGCGAUGAGUUCAAGAAAUGGGCAGAGUCAGAGUUUGAAGAAACGUGGAGACGAGGCGUUUCAGCUGGUGGCUGCAGAAACUUUCCAGAUUCCUUCUGGAUGAAUCCUCAGUUUGUCAUAAAGCUGGAGGAGGUGGACGAUGAUCCUGAGGACGGUGAGGAGGGCUGCACCUUCAUCGUGGGCUUGAUGCAGAAGAACCGGCGGCGUAUGAGGAAAAUGGGGCAGGACAUGGAGACCAUCGGCUUUGCCAUAUAUGAGCUGCCUGAUGAGUACUCCGGCCAAAGGCAAGUGCACUUGAAGAGAAACUUCUUUGUGCGCAACUGUUCAGCAGCGCGCUCCGAGACCUUCAUCAACCUGAGGGAAGUGAGCAACCACUUCUGUCUCCCCCCGGGAGAAUACCUCAUCGUCCCCUCCACCUUUGAGCCCAACAAGAACGGGGACUUUUAUGUGCGGGUGUUCUCUGAGAAACAGACAGCUUUCCAAGAGAUUGAUGAUCCUGUAGCCUGCCAUGUUGAGAAGAUUGACAUCGAUGAAGAUGACAUCAGUGACAGAUUCAAGAGACUGUUUGGACAGCUCGCUGGACAUGAUGUGGAGAUUUCUGCAUUCGAGCUGCAGAAAAUCCUCAACCGAGUGGUGGUGAAGAGAGAAGACAUCAAAACCAGUGGGUUUAGCCUGACAACCUGCCACCACAUGGUCAAUCUGCUUGACAAAGAUGGAAGCGGAAAGCUGGGACUGGUGGAGUUUAAGAUUCUGUGGACAAAGAUUGAGAAGUUCCUGGAUGUGUACAAAGAGAAAGACGCAAACCAGAGUGGCUGUAUGAACUCAUCGGAGAUGCGGAUGGCUGUUGAGGAGAUUGGUUUCUCUCUCAACACCGCUCUGCAUCAGAUAAUUCUGGCCCGCUACAGCGAGGAAGACCUCACCAUUGACUUUGACAGCUUUGUGUGCAGCAUGAUCCGCUUGGAGUCACUCUUCAACAUCUUCAACACCCUGGAAAAGAACGGGUCCGGUGAGAUAGAAUUGGGUUUUAUGGAGUGGCUGAAUCUGGCAAUGCUGUAGAAAGACGCUCUGAGUAGUGAUGCUCGAAGAAUCCGGCGUGGAAGAGCCAUCCUAUGUGAAUAAUACAAGUGUUCAUUCUUGUGUACAACUUAAUCAAUGGAUAUUGAUAUUGAGGGAAAAUCAUUUCUAUGUGUUUGAUUAUCCACAACCAUAAUAAAGCCCCAAUGUUCCACAAAUAAGAAUGUUUAUUCAGGGUUACAAUUACAUGUGAGUGUACGGAGUGUGUUCAAGUAGGCUGCUAAAGGUGCAUCAUUCUUGGCAAUAAACCUUGCAGUGGAAUACACAAGA